AUGGCCAACGAAACACAAGAAGAUCUUAAUGAUUUUUUAUCGAAAGUCGAUGAUAUUCAUCGUCUUGUUCAAAAUUUAUCUUCUAAUGAUACAAAUGAUGUAUCAAAAGCAAUGCAAGAAUCAGAUAUAUUACUUAAAGAAAUAUCGAAAACAGGUGUUAAUCGCACUGUGAUAAAUAAAUCACCUUCUGAACCAUUACCACAACAACAUGUAUCGCAAGAUGCAUUUAUGAGUGCUAUAGAAAAAGAUGCUAAUGAACGUGCUGAAAAUCGUCGAAAAAAUAAAAUUCUAGCUGAUGAAUUAAAAGCAAAAGGAAAUGAAGCAUUUCAUCAACAAUUAUAUGAACAAGCAAUUGAUUAUUACACACAAGGUUUAAAAUUGAAAAAAGAUUAUGAUAUAUUAUAUACAAAUAGAGCACAAGUUUACGUAAAACAAGGUCGAUAUGAAGAUGCAAUCAAUGAUUGUGUUUGGGCUUUGAAAGCAACACCAACAUUUAUCAAGGCUUUUGUUAUCAAAGGCAAAUGUUUAAUGAAUUUAAAAGAAUUUGAUCGUGCUAAAGAAGAAUUUGUUGAAGCUGAACAAAUCGCCAUAAAAAAUUUUGAUUCAAUAAAUACACGUCAAUGUAUUGAAGAAGUUGAACGACAACGUAAUCAACAUCAACGAGAAGAAUCUGCAAGAAUAUUUCUAUCAAAUGAAAAUCCAUCGGAAUUAAUGAAUUUAACAAAUACAUUAAAAAAAUUAAAUGCUGAUAAACAACCGAUUAUUUAUUAUACAGGUGGAAUUGAUCUUCUCUGUCAAUUAAUAAAAGAUGAAACAACUAGAACAGCAUUUCGUGUUAAUAAUGGUUUUAAUUUAUUUAAUUCUCAUUCGAUUAUAAUAGAAAAUGAUCAGAAUGAAAACUUAUCUCAAGCUGUUUUUAAUCUAAUGAUUAUUCUUUCACAAGAUGAUGAUGAAAAUACUAAACAAUGUUUAGAAAGUAAAUAUUUAAAUAAUUAUUUAAAGAAAAAUAAUUAUUCAUCAAUUGCACUUCAAUUUCUUGUUGAUAUAACAUUAAAUCCAAAAGCUCGAUUAAUUCUUCUACAAAAAAUCAAUCCAAACGAAUUUAUUCAACAUUUAAUGAAUAUGAUUAACGAUAAAAAAUCGAAUCCAAUAUAUGCUGCAAAAUUAUUAAGUAAUUUAGCAAUUGAAUCCAAAAUUAAACAAUGUUUUAAUAAUAAAACUGAAUUGAUAAAAUUAAUUUCAAUUAUAAAAUCGUCUGUGAUUAAUGAACAAACUCGAACUGUGAUAUUAUCAUUAUUAACAAAUCUGUGUUCGGAAAAAACAAUUCGUUCAUAUGUUAUUGAACAAACUGAACUCUUACAGAUAUUAAUUAAAGAUUUUGAACAAACUGAUAAUGAACAUCAAUUAAAUCUACUUGGAUUAUUCAUUAAUCUAACAAAUGAAAAAAGUACUGUUCUAGAAAGCAUUUAUAAACAAUUAUGUGAAUUAAUCUUAACAAAAUUAAGAAAUUCUUUACAUCAACAACGAAUUUUUACAUUAUUAGGAAAUAUUGCUAUGCAUUAUGAACAAGCUGUUGGUAUUCUUAUUCAACACAAUAUUGUUUCAUGGAUUAGUCAAGCUUUACAACAGAAUGCUAAUGAAGAAAAGAUUCGAGCUGCAGUUAGACUUUCAGCAUUAUGUACACAAGGAAAUGAACAAGCACAACAAGCUGUUGCUAACGAUAAAAAACUUUUAUCUCUUAUUUAUGACCAAUUACUAACAAGUCAACAUUCUUUACUUAUUGGAAAUGCUUCAUUAGUUUUUGGACAUAUUAUUAUUCAUUCAUCAGUACGUAUAUUCUUAAAAGAGAAUUCAGGAAUAGAAAAAACAAUUGGUCAAAUGCUAAAAUUAGUUGAAGAAUCAUGGUUAAGUAAAGUAGCAAGAAAAAAUGUUGCUAUUUUUAUAACUAAAUUGGUCAAAGCUGAUGAAAGAUUUUUAGAAGAAUUUCGAAAACAACAUGGUACUGAAAUUCUUCAUUCAGCCCUUAAAGAUGUUGAAUUAUAA